GGCACUCACCGAUUUUAAUUGCCAUAUGUGACGUCAUCACAUUGCGACGUUUCAUGCGGAUGCUGUGCUGAAGGGCGCCGUGUGUAGCGUCUUAAAGUCCUUUAGGCAGGUUGUAGUUUACAUGGUGAAAUGUCAGUGGUGUCUCUGUGUCGUGCUCUGGGAGCGUUUACUCUCAGCUCCAGGGUUCUGACAGCUCCGUUGUUUGCCCCCCUUGCCCUGAGAAGCAUGGUGGGCGGGGCCACCCUAUUGAGGCCACAGCCAGUACGCUUCUUGACCACCACCAUGCCCCGCCCACAGAACAGGACCCUGUGGAAGCAGACCGAUAAAUACACAGUCCGGCCGAUCGGAGUUAAAAAGACCGGAGGGCGGGACUACACAGGAAAGAUCCGGAGGCGGGGCAUCGGAGGGGGCCACAAACAGAGGUACAGAAUGAUCGACUUUCAGCGGCUGCGUUUUGAAACAGGGAAAGAGAAGGGCACUCAGAUCGAGGAGCGAGUGAUCCAGGUGCGCUACGACCCCUGCAGGUCAGGUGACAUUGCUCUGGUCGCCGGGGGAAACCGUAAGCGUUGGAUCAUCGCCACUGAGAACAUGCAACCUGGUGACCUGGUUAAAAGCUCAUCUGUGAUUGGUCGGAUGGCUGUGUCAGCCAAUGAGGGUGAUGCCCACCCACUGGGAGCACUUCCUGUAGGAACUCUGAUUAACAACCUGGAGCUCCAACCGGGGAGAGGAGCACAGUACAUCCGUGCAGCAGGGACAUGUGGUGUACUCCUGCGUAAAGUGAACGGAACUGCAAUCAUUCAGUUGCCUUCUAAACAGCAGAUUCAGGUGUGUGAGACGUGUGUGGUGACGGUGGGCCGUGUGUCGAAUGUGGACCAUAAUAAGCGUGUAAUAGGGAAAGCAGGGAGAAACCGUUGGUUUGGUAUCAGACCAUCAAGUGGACUAUGGAAGAGGAAGGGUGGGUGGGCGGGGCGUAAGAUCAGGCCCCUCCCCUCACUGAAGAGUUAUGUCAACAUGCCAUCUGUCUCUGUACAGCCCUGAUACACACCUGUGUGUGUGUGUGUGUGUGUGUGUGAUGCUGACACUGUAGUAAUUACGUAUAAAGCAAGUAAAUCAAAGCUCAGACAUACAGCAGAGCUCCAUUGUGAGGCUCAAUAGUGCGAACACCAGGUCUGUGACUAGUGUGACAAGAGUUUCUGCUGUUUAAUAGAAGAAGGGAAGAGGAAAAAAAUCUGACUCACACAGACGUUAUUAACACUUUCAGUGUUUAUUGUUUAUUCUGAAGGUCACAAGAUCAGAGUCUGAUUAUAAAACUGAUUACUGAACAGAUUCGACUGAGAAAUACAGAGAUGAACUGAUGUAGAAUUGAAACACAGUGAGCUCCAGACCUCAGGAUCACACGGACACUGUGGGGAACAACCUGCAAAUAAAAUAAAUAAAUAAAGUGUUAAAUUGUGU